ACACAAUCGAGCAUUCAACACACACUUAAAAAUUUAAUGUGAGUUCAGAGCUUGAUUUGGGGAAAACAGUUCUAGCACUCUAAGCGUGAUGGACGAGGAAUUCUCCAAUCAGCCCUUCGAUCCAAGCAUCGCUCAAAGUGACUUCUCCAGGAGUCGUUUCGUUAACCAGAGCGCCUUGACAUUGCCUCACGGAUUGGACUCCACCCGACUGCUUUUCGUAGGCGAAAACUUCCAGCAGACGCGCAGCGAACAGGACUUAUUUUACGACUGUCAAGGUCCGGGGGAGGAUUCACCAAAGGAGGGACGCAGUGCCACCAGCCGGUGCAAGUUCGAUGAUCCGGCGGCGAUACGAGAUGCCCUGGAACGGGCGGCCAAUGCCACACAGAUGCUACUCAAGAAUUUUGACAAGUCCGGUGGUUGGAAUCAGCCAUGUGCCGUCACCCUGGAGUUGACCGCUCGGUUGGUGGACCCCAAGAAGGGUCGCGCCGGUUGUCCGUUGCACGGAAAGCCCGUCACCGUCCAGAUGCCGCUGGAGUUCAAUCCGCAGAGCGGCAAGGUGGUCAAGUGUCAGCAAAAGAAACCGCCGGUCACCAGGCAUCGCAAGGAGUCCAUCUGCCAGUGCCGCUCGCAGCAGUAUAUGCGUUCCGCUCCAAGGGCUCCAAAGCCCAGCUCAGAAUGCCCGGCUCUGAUGUACAUGCAGCAUGAGCGACAUUCCGACAGCGACCCCAACUCCCGCCAUCAACAAACCGACAUAUCCCACAUAAGAGACCACUGGAAGCCGUCAAAAUCCCAACAGACGCAACAAUCUGAUCGUGAAGGCCCUCAUGCCAAGCCUUCGCAGACGGAGGUCUCCUUUCUGCAGAAACACCACACGCCCAAGAACCCGGAAUCGAAGGCUAAUGAUGGGGCGUCCUGCUCAUGCACCGCAAAGAGAUCCAAGUCCGCCGAUCCACCAGCGGUUAAAGCUCCCACCUGUGCAUGUGGACAGGGUCAUGAGGAGAAAUCCAGCUUUAAGAAGCCCUGCUCCCAGAAAACAUCGGUUACGGAGCCAGAGAAGGCUUCCUCAUUCAAGAGUGCUUUGACAGCGUGUACCAAGGAGCUCCUCGAUCCCUGCAGUUGUGGCGCCCACCCACCCUACUGGGCUGGUCAAAGCAACUUGGUAACCGGACCAUCCUACAGUAGAGCUAUGGACCCCUCCUCCUAUAAGAGUUCAAGCACUCUCGCUCCCUUGCAUAGACCCGCAGCAUCAAAAGGCAGCCUUGGUCGAUCAAAGAGUUUGGCCAGUCUGCCCAGUAAACCUAAUGCGCCAACUCAGAGUGGCGUCACUUGGUUGUCGGCUUUAAAGGAUCCGGAGAGUACAUUCUGCUCUUCCAAAGAGGACGAACGUCCUCCAUGUACCUGCAACGCUACCCAGACUAAUCAGGAUCCUUCAAUGAGUUCACUUCCUCGGAGCCACCCCAAUUAUCGCAGUAUGACAUCCAAAUCAAGUACUUCCAGGGUGCCAAACCCGCGCAAUCAACCCUCCUUUGGGCCAGGCGAUGAGACCUCAGCCACCACGCGAUCCCAGUCGAUUGUAGGCCAGAUCACCUGCCUAUGCGCAUCGGAGCAUCAGCCCACCAAGGCCUUUGUGUCGAACCUGGCCGAUCGGGAAUGCACAAAUGAGAUCCAGAUUGCGCCAUGCCCCUCCACAAGAAUACACCAUCCAUCCGGGUUUGCCCAGUUCACCGAUUGUCAGAACUCUCAAUGCGACCCCAAUACCUCUUUCCGUUCUAGGAAAGUGAGCGUUAAGGGUCACGAGGAGUUUUGCGACUGUGAUGCUUCUGAUAACUUCUCCGAACUGUCCGAUCCCAUCCAGACCAGUCUUCAUACGCACAGGAGUCUUUCCGGGGGUAGUUGCCUGUGCAACGACGAUGCAGAUCCUCCGAAGGAACCCGAAAACGCUACGUGUGUCAGCAAGCAAUGCCAGUGCUCGUCGAAGGACGACCUUCAGGGGAUGCAAAGUGCCCAAGCGGGCACCGGAUAUCAGACACCAGAGGAUCUUUGCGGAAAUAGGGCUAUGGCCUGCUGUUCGCGUAAAGAACGCAUCCUGAUGCUGAUGGAGAAACUCACCAGUCCUGGGUGCGAUUGCGGUAUAUCUCGCCCCUGCCUGACCCAACAACUUUUCCGGGAACUAACACUACUCCUGAGAUCGGAAAAAGAUGAUGCAGUUGCCCCAGCGGAUGAAGCAAGUCCACCGUGCCUAACCUUCGAUGAGUGCUGUGCGGCCCAACAUGCUGGCAAUGGGGAAGGGGAUCCAGCCGAAAAACCCCCGUCAAAGAGAGAGCUCCAACGAGUCGAGUGCUUCCAUCAACUGGAGGAAUACCUCUGCAAGUGCUUCCUACCGCCGGCAGAAUCUCAAAUCCCUGAGACCGAUAUCUAUGCUUUCGAACUAGAUCCGGACUUUCCACCAGAACCCGAGCCGACAAAAUCUCCGAAGGGAAAUGACAACAUGCAACCUUGUCAGUGCCCGGAACAAUUCUUUGACAUUGGAAAUGCACUAACCUGUUCGGGUGAUGGCUUGGAUGAUGACUUCUUUCGUGAUUGUGAGGAUGACGAGGUUAAAAAUUUCGAAAGUAAGGAUGAUGGUAAAGCAACCACGGAUCUCUGUCAAUCUCUUAAAGCAUUCAUCGACAAGGAACUGCAAGAAAUUCUUGCGGAGGAGGCCAAUAAGGAAGGAGAUGAGGUGGAAGAAAAAACACCUAGCACAGUACUAAGGGAAAUCUGUGAGAGACCCACAACCGUGGCGCCACCGCAAGAAGAGGAGAAACAGAUUGAGUGUCCAUUUGCUGGCAUGGUGUCCUGUCCUCCAUGGACCACACAGCAAACAGACUGGGCAGCCUUCCCCUACAACUUAGAUCCCUGUGCGCAAAAGGAGUCGCCUAGCCCGGCGCCCCGGGGUCCACGUACUGGGCUAUUGCCCGAAGGACCUCUGUCACCCGAUAUGAGGAACCUCUGCGAGCAGCUUUUGCGAAAAGCUCUCAAGGAUUGUGGUCUGUGUGGUGGUGACGACGUGUACUCCUGCGAGGACGAUGCAUGCGAAGAGUGCGAGCUUGAUUGUGAGGGAUGCCCGGAAGAUUGCCCGUUGGAAAAGUGCGAGGAAUGCGAUGAUGAUGAGUGUCCCCCAGAUCAACAAGGAUGCCUAUGCUGCCACUGUCGCGCUCUCAUAUGCGACGAGGAGUGCAAGACGGUUGCCAAUACCCUGCGCUCCGGAAUGUGUGAUCCACUCUGCGAAAUGAAAUACUUUAUAGACUCCAUCAUCGUUGAUAUGCAUGCCAUGGACUGUGUGCUCGGCAACAAGAAAGCGAAACCAAAGCACCAUAAGCCUACAGACUCGAUCUGCAGAGGUGGACCCGGAGAUAGUUUUCCCAUCAAAAUUAAGAGUGUGUGGCCAUUGGGUAACACCGCUCUCUACGUCCAAUGGAAAUUGGAGGACUGUCGCGCUGUAGCAGGAUAUGAGAUUUACUUGGAUGGGCAUUUGACGAACCGAUUCUACAGUUUUCGUCACGAGGCCGGAGUUAUUACCAAUGCGGAUGUGACCAAUCCGCACCAGGUUGUGCUGCGCGCCGUGGCGGUGGGUCAGGAGUUUCCCGGCGAGGGUCCGGGUAAGGAUGCGACCGCGGAAUGUGGCUGCCAGGCGGUGGCACUUGCUCAUCCCGAAUUGAAGGCGGGAGCGCAGAGGCCGUGGACGCCCAGUCUCUACUAUUAUGAUCCCAACCAAUUGCCGCCGGCGGAGGACGCGCAGCAGUGCUAGUCAAGAAUCAUAUGUAUAUCAUUAUAUCGAAUAUCGUCGGAUAUCACCGUUAUCGGAACAAAGGAGCUAAACGCUUCCUCACUUUUUAGCUUGUACAUAUAGCGUAUUUAUAUGUAGUGUUUGUUAAGAGUUCUUUAUCUGGAGGAUACCAACUGAAAUUGUCUGUACGUAGUGCUUUGCAUAGUGCCUUAAAUCGUAAUUGUAGAUCGUAAGCAAAGAUCAAUGCAUUGUAAAGGAAUUGAAAGCAGAUGGCUUCAUUCCGAUGGCAACACCAAAUUCACUUUGAAUAAAUGAAUC